AUAAAUUAUACAAUUUAUCGGUCUAAUAUAUCAAAUCCUUAACAUACAUGGAAGGACAAAUAAAUAUAUUUAUACUACAGGGUGUUCCAAAAAUGUUGUAACAUUCUGAAAUGGGUGGUUCGGAAGGUGAUUUGAAACACCUUUUUCCUUAGCGAAAAUGUUGUGCGGGGUUUCGUUAAGCUGAUAUUAAGAGAAAACACUGACCAAUCAGAGCGCGAGGAUGCCGAUGGAGCGCCAGCAGUAGGCGUGGCUACGCGCUAGGCGGCCGCGCUCAUACGCUACCGCGAGCACUCCACCGGCAUACUCGCGCUCUGAUUGGUCAGCGUUUUAUGUUAAUAUCUCCUUAACGAAGCCUCGGACAAUAUUUUCGCUAAGGAAAAAGUUGUUUGAAAUCACCUCCUGAACCACCCCUUUCAAGGACCUUCAAUAUUUUUGGGACACCCUGUAUACCCCUGAAGGGGCGGCACGAUAAUCUUGCCCGGGGCGCCAAUAUUGCUAACCGACCCUAAUCUUGGAAAGGACGGAACGUUUUUCUGUCUUCGUCGUAUGCGCAAACGGGCUGCGCAGUCGUCUCCGCAUAAUCUCCGCAUAUCUCGGUUUUCGACCGAAACGCGGAGAUCUCCGUGCUUUUGGCAUCCCUGUUUCAGUUCACUUUAGUUGUUCCUGGUUGUUCCUUUGCGACAGCCGUGACUAGUCGUGAAAAUGGAUUCCGAAGUCGCUGCUGCUGCGUUGCUAGUAUUAGUAAUGGCUCGAAGAAAUAAGAAAAAAACCGCACGAAAGCGGCGAUUUUGGGUGUCCCAGUUGUACAAAAAUCGUGACACACAUGUCGCGGAAUCGCUAAUGAAGGACUUAUCCCUCACACAAUUCGGGAACUUCUGUCGCAUGCAUGCGACAGACUUCGAGCACAUUUUAAAUAAAAUAGCACCGUUAAUAAGUACGCAGUGUACGACCUUCCGGGCGAGUGUAAGCGCGAAGGAAAAGUUGGCGGUUGCACUGCGGUUCCUCGCCUCGGGAGACUCCUUCACCUCGUUGACAUACUUAUUCAAAAUGUCUGCCCAAAGUAUUUCGCGGAGCGUGUUCCUCGUGUGCGAAGCCCUUAUUCAGACGUUGAAGGAUCAUAUAAAGCUACCAAACACUUCCGAAGAAUGGAUCCAAUGUGCUAAUAUAUUUGACGAAACAUGGAACUUUCCACAUGCGAUUGGUGCAAUAGAUGGCAAACAUAUAAUGUUGCAGACAACACUAAAUACCGGCUCAGAGCAUAAUAACGAUGAACUAUUCCACAGCAUAGUCCUGUUUACAUUAGUGGAUGCGAAAUGUAAUUUUUUGUUUAUUGACGUCGGGCGCCCCAUUUUCGAUGGGGUCAUGUUUAAGCAUUCUGCGAUAUACAAAAAGCUUGAAGACCACUCUCUGGGUCUUCCUGAUGCAAAACCUCUUCCUGGUAGAUCUGCAGACGUACCGUUUGUUAUUUUGGGCGAUGAAGCUUUUGCUUUACGCACAAAUAUAAUGAGGCCGUAUGCAGGUGUACGCAAGAAGGAGUCAAGUGAAAGGACUUAUAAUCAUCGUUUAGGUAGAGCCCGGAGAGUAGUUGAAAAUGCUUUUGGUGUAUCAUCAGCAGUGUUUCGAGUGCUUCAGAAACCUCUUCUAGUGAAUUCCGACAAAGCUAGCCUGAUUGUAACUGCAAUUAUGUAUUUACAUAAUUUCCUUCGAUCUGGAUCAUCCAGUAAGAUAUAUUGUCCACCGGGUGAAUUGGAUAGUUUUGUUGGGGACAGUCUUGUCGAAGGAAACUGGAGAAGGGAUGUUUCCGAAGCACAGACCACUGGAAUGCAAAAUAUGCGCCCCAUACGAGAUCGGCGGGCUCCGGAAUUAGCGGAAGACGUUAGAAAGGAAUUCACGGACUAUUUCAUGCAGAAAGGUCGCCUUUCGGGAAAAGGAUAUCGGCUGUAGUUUCCAUUAUCUGUGAGAAUUCACACCAUCCAACGUCAAAUGCUUCAUGUGGCAUCGGUGUGACAAAGGGUUCCACAGUUACUCCCGCUCUCUAUACAAUGGAAUCAAUUGAAGACUUUUCUCUUCACUCCAUACGUAUCGUGCUGUUUGAUUUUGUCUUACUUCUGAGCUGAUGGCACAGUUUAUAAAUCAGCUCUUUU